AUGGAAAACACCAAGAGCAGAGCAAUCAAUCAAUCAACCAGUGGAUUAAUGUCCUUGCAAUACGACAAGUUCCUGUUAUUUGGGGACUCCAUUACUGAGUUUAGUUUCAAUCCUGAGCAAUUCUCCCUGGGGGCCGCCCUGGCCAACGCAUAUGCUCGUCGGUUAGAUAUCGUUCAUCGAGGGUUUGCCGGAUACACGAGUCGUUGGGCUUUGCAUAUCCUACCUAGGAUCCUGGAGGUAGAGCAGAAUGUUGUGUUGAGUACAUUGUUUUUUGGAGCUAACGAUGUCUGCUUGAAAGGUCCCCAGAGCGUCCCCAUUGACGAAUACGAGACAAAUAUGGAGUCUUUGAUCGGAAUGUUGUUGGCAAAGGGUAUAAAGGUAUUGCUGAUAGGACCAGGGUUGCUUGACAGAGGUAAAUGGGAGCCUUCGAGGGGUGAGGAGAUCCAGAAGGGAUGGAUUCGUACUGAGGAGAAUUUAAAGAAGUAUGGAGACGUCUUGAAGAAAAUUGCCAAAGGCCACCCAGAUGAUGUUGUCUUCAUCGAUUUGGCAGAGGCAUUUGCUAGGGAGGCCGGUGACCAAUGGAAGGAGCUAUUGGCGGAUGGGUUACAUUUCUCAGGGAAAGGUUACCAGGUGUUUUUCGAUGAAGUCAUGAAGGCCAUUGCCAUGAAUUUCCCACAAUUUGUUCCUGAUAACAUUGAAUUUAAAUUACCACUUUGGAGAGAGGUAAAUGAGGAUGGUUUAAACAUUUGA